AUGGAUGGGGAAAUUAAUUCAGAAAUUGAAAUAGCCAAUAUUCGUCUUCCGUUUAAUUUUAAUGCACACGAGGUGAAGGAUGAGGACAGUUCAUCAUAUUUUAAUCUUCAAAAAUUGGCACUUGCAGUAUCUAGUAAAAGUCCUGUACUCUUACAAGGCCCUGUUGGUUCUGGAAAAACUUCAACCCUUGGAGAGCAAACAGAUUCAAGAAUAUUACUGGGGGGUUAUCAGUGUACUGAAAUUCCAGGUCAAUUUAUAUGGAAACCUGGGAUCUUGACUCAAGUUAUUAUUGAGGGUCACUGGUUGUUGUUAGAAGACAUUGAUUGUACAAGUCCAGAUUUAGUCACAGUUGUAGAAAAUCUGGUCAAAACUCAUUCAUUAAGUGUUCCAGGCUUUUGUGAUAACAUUAUUCCACACAGUCAGUUUCAACUUUUUGCUACUCAAAGGACUGUAAGAAAUGAAUCUUCGUCUGGAGUGAAAUGUAAAAUUUUAAAGAACUGGAUAAAAAUUUGUUUGGAUCCUUUACCCAGUUUUGAAAUUGUAGAUAUAAUUUGUGAAAAAUAUCCUAAAUUAUCAUGUAUAGCUCAGAAAAUGGUGUCAGUGUUAGAUUUGGAAUACACAUCGGGUCAACAAAGUUCAAGAAUUCCAACUGUCAGAGAUAUUUUUAAAUGGUGCGAACGAUGCAAUUCCUAUUUUAAAAAUGGUUGUCCUGAAAGUGCUCAAAAAGUCUUUCAGGAUGCUGUUGAUUUAUUUUGUGGUUUUAUGGAGAAAAGUACUCGGUUUUCCUUUGCACAACAAAUUGGAAUAACUUUGGGUAUAGUAAAAAACAGAGUAAAUUUCAUCGCGGAUCAAUAUAAACCAACAAUUGUAGCAUCAGAUAAAAAAUUUAUUGCGGGCAGAGUUAUUUUGCAAAGAAGAAGUGAUAGUAUUGUCAUUGUUAAAAAGAUGCAAUUAGGAGUUUUUUCACUCACUACUCAAGCUUGUUGUUUAAUUGAAAAAAUUUGUUGUUGCUUAGAUAAUAAUGAACCUGUUUUAAUGGUUGGUGAGACAGGUUGCGGAAAAACUACUGUUUUGCAAUAUGUAGCUAAAACGUUGGGAAGAAAUUUAAUAGUCAUCAAUAUGAAUCAGCAAAGUGAUACAGCUGAUUUACUCGGAGGAUUCAAACCAGUUUCUUUUAAGUGGGUCAUCAAACCCUUUUUAGAAAAAUUUGAAAUUUUAUUCAGAGAUCUUUUCGAAGUGAAAAAAAAUGUCGAAUGUCUAAAUAAAUUUACAAGGCUUAUAAAGAAAGAAAAUUGGAAUGUUUUAUUUGAUUUUAUAAUUCACGUUCAAAGAAAAGCAUUGAAUCAAAUUAAAAGUGGGCAAAAUGUACUACCCAAAAAAGAAACAAAGAAAUGGGAAAUACGGUUAGAGAAAUGGACAGAAUUAGAAAAGGAUAUUGAAAAAUAUUAUAAACAAAAAGAAGUGUGUAAUAAAAGCUUAAUUUUUUCUUUUAUCGAAGGGAGCCUUAUAACAGCCAUAAAAAAAGGAUAUUGGGUGUUGUUGGAUGAAAUUAAUUUGGCCAACAGUGAAACAUUAGAUAGUUUAAGUGGUCUUUUGGAAAAUAGUCGUGAAUCGAUAUCACUUUUAGAAAAGGGAGAUAACCAACCUAUAUUUAGGGAUUCAAAAUUUAGGUUAUUUGCUGCCAUGAAUCCCGCUACUGACGUUGGUAAAAAACAACUUCCAGUAGGACUUAGAAACAGAUUUACAGAAAUAUUUAUUGAUGAAUUGGAGGAUGAAAAUAAUUUACUUCCUUUGGUUGAGACAUAUUUACACGAAUUAAAUCAAAGUUCUAGCCAAUUGCAAAAAAUUGUAAAAUUUUAUUUAAAAAUAAAAACGAGUUUAAAAAAUGUACUUUUGGAUGGAAAUGGGAAAAAACCACAUUACAGUUUAAGAAAUCUUUGUAGAGCGCUUACCAUUACGGCUAAAAAUCCUUGUGGUAAUUUUGCUAGAAGCCUUUACGAAAGUUUAAGCGUUUCUUUUCUAACACAACUGGAUAAUAAGUCUUACAAAUUAGUUGAAGAUUUAAUUAAGAAAACGGUGACUGAUUCCGAUAUAAAGAUUGUCUUAAAUCGACCCAUUCCAAAACCUUUAACGGGGAAUUUUGUAAAUUUAGAAGGAUUUUGGUUACCGGUGGGAAACGUAGAACCUACCGUGCCCGAUGACUAUAUUUUAACUCCUACGGUUCGAAGACACUUGAGAGAUUUAAUUAAAAUUGUUUCGUUUGGAUCUGGAAUUCCUGUUUUAUUAGAAGGUGAUACAAGCGUCGGUAAAACAUCUUUGAUUCAUUACUUAAGCAAGUGUACUGGAAAUGUAUGUUCAAGGGUGAAUAAUCACGAACACACAGAUAUUCAAGAAUAUAUUGGAACGUAUGUUGCAAAUUCGGAGGGAAAGUUGGUCUUUAAAGAGGGUAUUUUAUGUGAGUCUAUGCGUAAAGGGCAUUGGUUGAUUUUGGACGAGUUAAAUUUGGCUCCGACGGAAGUAUUGGAAGCUUUAAACCGAGUUUUAGAUGACAACCGCGAAUUAUUUAUACCGGAAACUCAACAAACAAUAAAAGCUCAUGAAAAAUUUAUGCUUUUCGCUACUCAAAAUCCGCCGGGUUUAUACGGUGGUAGGAAAGAGUUAUCUCGAGCUUUUCGAAAUCGUUUUAUCGAGUUACAAUUUAAUCAAAUUCCUCACGAUGAACUCGUUACCAUUUUGGAAAAACGCUGUAAAUUGCCUAUAACUUAUAGUAAGAAAAUGGUAAGUGUUAUGUCAGAAUUACAAGUUAGAAGAAGGGGAAGCGAUAUAUUUGUCGGGAAAUUCGGAUACAUAACUCUCAGAGAUUUAUUUCGCUGGGGUGAAAGAUACAAAAAAGCAAAUAUUAAUUUAAAACAUUACGAUUGGGAGCAACAUAUCGUCGAUGAAGGUUACAUUCUGUUGGGGGGAAGAGUUAGACUCGAAGAAGAAAGUAAAGUCAUCGAAGAAGUGAUAGCUAAACAUUUUAAAAGAAAACCGAUUCCAGAAAAUUUAUUUUCUUUACACGAGGACACGUCAACUGUCAGUAAAAGUAUUUUAGAAAAAUUAAUUAAUGAAUCUUCUGCUAACGAAGAAUUUUCUCACAUUGUUUGGACUUACAGCUUGCGAAGGUUGGCUGUUUUAGUUAGCAAAGCCCUUGAAUUUUCGGAACCUGUAUUAAUAGUUGGAGAAACGGGAUGUGGGAAAACUACCAUUGUUCAACUUUUAGCAAAAAUUCGAAAUCAGCAAUUGUAUUCAGUGAAUUGUCAUAUGCAUUCAGAAAGUGCUGAUUUUUUGGGAGGUUUAAGACCCGUUCGAGAUGAAACUAGAAAUUCGGGUAAACUUUUUGAAUGGUGUGAUGGUCCUUUAAUUCAAGCCAUGACCACGGGUUCGAUUUUUUUAGCGGAUGAAAUUUCUUUAGCAGACGACAGCGUCCUUGAAAGACUUAAUUCGCUUUUAGAACCUGAAAGAACAAUUUUACUAGCUGAGAAAGGAGGCGGAUUGAUUGAUAAUGAAAAUGAGAUUUACGAAACUAUAGCUGAAAUCGAUUUUCAAUUCGUUGGCACAAUGAAUCCGGGAGGAGAUUAUGGGAAAAAAGAACUUUCCCCUGCAUUGAGAAAUCGUUUUACAGAGAUUUGGGCGGAUACUGCUUGUGAUAAAUUUGAUUCUUACUUACAAAUAAUGUUACAUAAUUUGAAAAUAAGUUCGGAUUUGAAAGAAGUUGUUUGUAAAUUAAUGACGGAAUUUUUAAUUUGGUUUCAAAAAUCAGAAAUCGGAAAAAAAGUCACUUUAAAUACACGAGAUGUAAUAACGUGGAUUAAUUUUAUGAAUCAAUCUAAUUUAAAAUGGUUCGAAUCUCUAAUACAUGGAGUUCAUUUGAUAUUUCUCGAUGGUCUCGGAUCAGGAUCCAGAAUCGUUUACGAAUAUAAUUUCGUUAAAAGCUUUCGGGAAGAAUGUAUUAACUACUUGAUGGAUAAAAUUAGUAAAAUUUUGUCGAAGGAUGUUACGCACGUAUUUUCAGCUAUAAACGAUGGUAAAAAAUUUGUAGUAGCUAAAAAUAAAGUCGGAACGAUGGAAAUUGAGUCCAACGAUUUUGUAUUUGAUGCACCGACCACUUUUUCAAAUGCACAAAGAAUAUUGAGAGGAUUAAAAAUGAACCGAGCGAUUCUUUUAGAAGGGAGCCCAGGCGUAGGAAAAACGAGUUUAAUUUUGUCUUUAGCGAAAAUCUCGGGACACAAACUCGUGAGAAUAAAUUUAUCUGAUCAAACCGAUCUAUCAGAUUUAUUCGGAACGGAUUUACCAGAAGAAAAUGAAGCGGCGGGACGAUUUGCGUGGAGAGAUGGACCGUUUUUAACCGCAUUGAAAGAAGGACAUUGGAUAUUGCUGGAUGAAAUAAAUUUGGCUUCUCAAUCCGUGCUCGAAGGUCUCAAUGCCGUUUUAGAUCAUCGGGGAUCGAUAUUUAUUCCCGAAUUGAAUAAAACUUUUUACGUAUCACUCGAUACUAAAAUUUUCGGGUGUCAAAAUCCUUUUAAGGAAGGAGGAGAUCGUAGAGGAUUGCCAAAAAGUUUUCUGAAUAGAUUUACUCAAGUUUUUAUCGAACCUUUGACAGAAAUGGAUUACACAAUUAUUUUGGAAAGGAAUUUUCCUUUUUUGUCUUCGAUUAAAAUCAAUGGGAAUUCUUUAAUAUCUCUCAUGAUCAAAUUCACAUCUGAAAUUUAUAAAAAUUGCGACGGUAAUUUUUCCUCAUUCGUAGUAAAUUCGGAAUUUUCCAGGAUAUUAUUUAAAUACGUUAAUUUAUUGUAUAUUAACCGUUUUCGAAGUGAAAAAGAUAGAAAUUUGAUACGAGAACUCUUUAAAAAUUUUUUCGGUGAAAAUAAUUUGAGUGCUGUGAAAUAUCCCGUUUAUAUAUUAAAUGAUGUUAUUGUUUUCGGUGAUACCUAUUCGAAAGUGAAUAAUUCUUUUUUUUACGGUGACAUAAACGAUUUUGAAAUGUUUGUAAAUUCCACGUUCGAUUCCCAAAUUAAAAAAGAAAAGAAAGAAGUAAAAGAAAUUUUACGGAUUUGUUCUUCGUAUCGCGGUAAAAAGAAAUAUAAAAAUUUAAGGAUUUUGGAAAAACAACAUCCGAUUUUGGCUUCCCUGUGUGAGAGUGUCAACAUGAAUUGGCUUUCCAUUUUGAUCGGUGAGUCGGGUACCGGUAAAACGUCUGCCGUUCGAACGUUGGCUGCCCUGAAAGGUGAAAAUUUAAGAAUAAUAUCGUGUAAUUCUGCAAUGGAUACAACCGAGAUUUUAGGAGGCUUCGAACAGGUUGAUUAUUAUCGCCAUUUUAACGAAAUUGUUGAUUCGACAAAAGUUUUAGUACUAUCGGCUGCCAGAAGAUAUUACAACGAAGGAAAUUAUCCGCGAGUUUUAAAUUUGAUCAAAGAAUUUAUAAAAUUUAACGAUUCUCCUAUUAAAAGUGAAUUGCAAAAAGAUGACGAUUUGAAAAAUUUAUCCAAUAAGUUAUAUUCGGAUUGUGAAAAAUUAAUUAAUAAAAUAUCUUCUUCCGGUUGUCUGACUUUUGGCGGGAAAUUUGAAUGGGUCGACAGCGUAUUAGUUAAGUCUUUACAAGAUGGUUCUUGGGUACUCAUCGAAGAUGUUAACUUGUGUUCAAAUGCUGUUUUGGAUAGGUUGAAUGGUCUAUUAGAGCCAAACGGGUGUUUGACAAUAGGAGAACGUGGAGCUAACGAAAUGGGAAAAAUUAUGACGAUAACUCCUCAUCCAAAUUUUAGAUUAUUUUUUACGAUGGAUCCCAAAAAUGGAUCUAUUUCAAGAGCUAUGCGUAAUCGCGGAGUGGAAAUAUAUAUUUUACCUGAUGAAGAAAUUCAAAAUUGGCCACAAUUGGAUUUAAUAUCACUUUUAACAGACUCGGGGAUAUCGGAUGUGGAAAUUCAAAAAGCUCUUUUAGAAAUAGAAUCGAAAACCGAUCAUCAAAGCAUUACUAAUUUGACCUCGAAUGCAUUUUGGACGAGUCAAUAUUUGAAACAAGGAUUUUCAAAAGGAGACGCCAUUAAAAACUCAUCGAAAUAUCUUCAUAAUUUUACGAACGACCAAUUAAUUGAUGAGAUUUCUACCAAAUUAAAUUUAAGAGAUACUAAUUUGGAUAUAUCAUAUGCGAAACCAGGGAUCGAUACUUAUAUCGUGGAUCCAAAAAUUGCAAGAAUUAAACAAGAAUGCUCUCUUUUGUACCUGGCAUCAAAAUUCAAUAAUUCCAUUACUGGUAGUAGUAGUAGGAGACUAACAUUGGUAGAAAUUUUAGAUUUUAUUUUUAAAAAUUCGGAUUUGAUAAAUAAAAAUUUUGAUUCUUUUAAAUUUAUUUUGUUUAACGUAUUUCACAUAUAUUUAACUUGUUCUAAUGAAGAUUCUCGGAUUUUAAAUAAUUUUAUUCAAAGUUUUAUAUCAGAUGUGGAAAAAAUUAUAACGAAUGUUAAAACCGAGUGGUUACCCUGGGAUUUGAGAUGUAUUCUUAACAUACUUGUUGAAUACGUAAUGGCGAAUAUUAACACCGAUGAAUAUCAAAGAAUAAAUUUCGAUAAUUUACCUCGUUUUAUAAUUAAAUUUAUUCAACUUUUAUCAGAAACGAGGAAAGACGUUAAAUACGGAAAUUCAUUUAAAAAUUUACUAGUUGAAUUUUUUAAUUCGACGAUAAAAGAAAGAUGGAGACUCUCAUCGGAAAUCCUUUUCACCGCAUUGAAAAUAUUAAACGAAGAUUUUUUAUUUUUCGAAGAAACUGAAAACGAAGAAGCCGAAUUGAAAUACAUGAAUCAAAUUUUACCAUAUCAUAGACCCGUUUGGUGCUGUAGAAUCAUAAAUAUGGUUUUCGAAACGGAAAAAAAUUGGUCUUUAACAAGUUCACAAAAAUCAACAAAUGAACUUAACAAGUUGAUGAUAACAAUUUUACCAAAUUCUAUACAACCGUUAAUAAAUGGGGAUUUGAAAAUAUCAUUAACCGACAGUUUCGAAAACGAAAAGAAAAUUUUAAAUUUCGAAUUAAAUAAAUUGAAUGAGAGUCUUCGAAAAAGUUUAGGAUUUCAACAUUCGGAUUUACCUUUCGAAAAAGCAUUGGAUACAUUAUUUAAAGAAACUUCCGUGCGGAAACCGGAAAUGAUUUUUUUAACGAGAUUUAAAUCCGUUAUUAAAUUUUUUAAUUCUUUUAAAUUAGAUGAAGAAUCGAAUUAUAUGGUUUUGGGAAAUUAUUGGUUACUUCUUGGCAUGAUUAAAAUUUUAAUACUUCACGAGGGUAAAAUCGAUCCCAUUAGAAAAAAAUUAGUGAAAGCAAAUUAUGCCGUGGAAGAGAUCGCGGAGCACGAAAUGGAGCUUUUGGCUUUGAAAUUCUAUUCGGAAAUCACUGGAAUAGAUUUAAAUCAUUUUUAUGUUAAAUAUUUAGAAUCUCAAUUGGAAUUAUCCGUUAAAAAUAAUUUAAAAUAUAAUUAUUUGAAAAAAGUUAAACGAUUUCCCGAUGAAUUCAGAUCAAUAUUAAAAGAAAUGGAUGGUUUUAUGGUUACUUUUGAUGAAAUGAUUCGAUUCUAUGAAAAUACGUUGAAUGUUAUGACCGCAAAGGAUAAUAAUAAUGAUAAAUUUAUCGAUCAUUUGUUUCGUAAAGGUCGAUUUAUUGUUAUAAAAACUAAAAAUUUUUGUGAAAAUAUAGAAAAAUUUGUUUGUAAUUAUGGAGAUUUGAUUGAGCAUGGUAUAAACAUCAUAAUGUCGGAAUUAAUAUUAAAUUUACAAAGUCGCCAUAUUGAAAUUCAAAAUUGGAUUAAUAGUUUAGGAAGUUUUCCAAUCACUCCAGAUCGUCAAUUACCAUUUAAUUUCGAAUUGUUUAACACAAACACUUGGCCUGGAGAAAUAAUAAAAAAAAUUGAACAGAAUAAAUUGCUUAUUUUAUUUAGUUCUUGUCUUGUCAAAUAUAACGAAUGGUUAUUUUUUAAAAAUGAUGAAACAGGGAUACAACAUGGAGGAGCAAUCGGAGAAAAAGAAGAAGAAUUUUUAAACGACAUGUUAAAUUUAUUUCCAACAUUUCAAGAAGAUUUCGAUGAAAAUUCUAAAUCGAAUGGUAGUAGUAAUCGUCAAAAAACUGACAAAACGUUUUUUAAUGAAAAUCAUUUGAUUCAAGUCAGUAAACUUCAUAUGGUGUUGGUAAAAGCAUCAAUAAAUACUAAAUGGGAUUUAAAUAAUAAUAAUAAUAAUAAUAAUUUCUCUAUGAAUCCUGAUUUUAUAUCUCCUUUGUGCAUGAGGUUUUCAUUAAUACACAAACUAUUACCAAACGUUGCGUGUCUUCUUAAUAGAAAAACUGAUGAAAUUUUAACACCCGGAUUACUCGCGUUGAUGAAAUCAAAAGAAAAUGGUUUAUGUUAUUCCGAAGCCAAACUUUAUAAGGAUUCCGAUUAUAUUUAUGAUUUUUAUCAAGAUAAAAAUGUUGAAGAAGUUUGUAAAUGUUUGGAAAUAUUACAAGGAUUGAAAAUAAGGAUAAAAAGUUUCUUAUCCGAAUGGCCUGACCAUCCGACAUUGAUUCAGAUCAAUACCAUCACCGAUAGAAUUCUAACAUUUUCCAUAGAAUCUCCAGUAAUGAGAUUUUUAACUGGAAUUGAACUUUUACUUCAAAGUUGUCAGGAUUGGGAAAGCGUGGCACACGUUAACGUUUCAAUAUCUGAUCAUUUAAUUAAAAUCACGAAUCUUGUUAUAGAAUGGCGUAAAUUAGAAUUACAAGGAUGGAAAGAUUGUUUAUUAUCUGCUCACAAAAGAAUAAAAAAUAAAACGUUUAAAUGGUGGUUUCAUUUUUGGUGUCUCGUCGAAGAAUAUUUUUCUUCUUCUUCUUCUUCUUCGUUCGAUGAACUUGUCAAAGCUUUAUACAAUUUUAUAGAAGCAUCACCAGUUGGAGAAUUCGAUGCAAGGCUGGAAAUACUUUUAUCUUAUCAUUAUCACGUCCUCCAUUUUCCAAAAUCUGAAAAACGAGAUGUUUUAUCGAUCGCUUUAUGGAAUCUUUAUGCAUUUUAUCAACAAUUUAGCAUCGUCGUUAAUGAAAAAUUACAAAAAGAUAGUGCUUCCAUUUGGAAAAAGUUGAAAGAAUUUGUUAAAAUAGCAAAAUGGCACGAUAUCACAUAUUGGUCCGUAAAACAAGCCGUUGAAAAAAGUCAUAGAACUUUACUUAAAUUUAUUAAAGAAUACGAAGUUUUGUUACAAGAAAAAGUUGAUCUUAAAUCAUUUGACCUUUCGAAUAAUUUCAAAGAACGUAAAAAAAACAUAAAAAAUAUUUUUUAUCAAGAUGUUUCAAUUUUAUUAAAAAAAAUUAAUAAAAAUUUAGAGUUUUACGAAUCGUCCAAAACGUUAGAAAAUAUAAAAAAUUUCGAUAAAAAAUUAAAUAAAUGUCAAAAAUUUAUUAACGAAAUCGUAUUAAAGGCGGAAUAUCCUUCUCUUAUUAUUAGUUUAGAAAAUUUAACGGAAAUCAUUUGUGAAAAUUCGUUACAUUUUGCAAAUAUCGAUGUUGAUAGGAGUCUUCCUUUGGAAAAACAAAAAUCUCAAGCGAAAAAUAUCGUACAUCAAAAAAGAAGAGCACUCGUGGAUUUAUUUAAAACUCUACAGAAAAUUGGUUUAUCUUAUAGAGCUGGUAUUAAUAAUAAUGAUUUUGGAGUACUUGAAAUGUGUGAUUCAUCUCCGAUGCCAUUUUUUGACGGUCAUCAUCAUCAAAAUGACAGUAACUAUUUAGUAACUGGAGAAAGUUAUUAUUUAAAAUCAAUUUUGAGAAAAUUAAUUUUAGAAAAUUCUCUUUUAACUCCAUCUAAAGAAAUCGGUCCGCAAGUUAUUGAAAGAUUGAGAGGAUUUUCCGGGGAUUUCAUAGCAUUGUGUAAAAAUCAAAGGAAACAAUUAACCGUUUCCGUUUUGAAUUUGGAAAAUUUGAAAAAUUACAAAUCCGCUUUGAAUUCCAUCGUUAAAAAGACAAAUAAUUUUGGAAUUCCUUCUCAGAAAAAAUUUAUAAAAACGAUUAACGACACUAAAAAAUGUAUAGACGAAACAAAUUAUAUUUUGGAACAAUUUAAUCACUUGUUGGAUUCGUGGCCCCUCUCCGAAGGUGGAAAAAUGAAAGAAAUGAAUUUUAUCGGAGGAGAUUUAACGCCAUCGAUUUAUACAUCAUCGAAAACGGACGAAAUUUACGUCACAACGCGAAAAGAAUUCGAUUCAAUUUUUUUUAAAUUUAAAGAAUUGAAAGGAAAAUUCGAUAAAAAUUUAACGUCGAAUCCUUCUCACUGCGUAAAUAUUAAAAAAAAUGGCGUCAACGAAAUAUUAAAAAAUGAUUUUAUUUAUUACACUUAUGAAAAUGUGAUGGAAUGUAAUGAAUGCGUGGAAAUUUAUAAAAAUUUAAUUGAAAAUUUAAAUAAUUUUUUUAAUAAAUUGUCCAACGAAACAAUAUCUAGUCAAUUGACGACCAUUACCUUUAAUCAAAUUAAAAAUUUAUCUGAUAAAAUUAAUUCGUAUGAAAUGAAUGAUAAUAUUUCGGAAAAUGAAAGGAUUGAUAUUGAAAAAUUAUUAAAAAAUAAUAUUGAAAAACUUAUUCAACAUGUUUUAUUAGGGAUUCAAAAAUUAAAAAAAAAAAUUGAUUAUUUACAAGUGGAUGCAAUGAAAAAAGAACCAAAUGAUACAAAGGUCGAUGAAAAUGGUGAAGAUGAAGCUGAAGAAGAAGUAAAUGAAUUAUUGGAUAAUCAUUUAAAUAAAAAAUUAAUGGAGUCAUUACAUUCCGAUAUUGAAAAUCUUGACAUUUUAAAAACAAAUAAUAUUUUAUAUUUUAUAUUUGAUACCUUGUCAACCUUUUCAGAUUCCAGCGAUUUAAUACAAAUUACCCCGAAAAUAUUAGGUUUGUUUUUACCAAUAAUUCCAUUGGUUGAACAAUAUUUUCAUCUUUGUUCAUAUCUUGUCACACAACAAAAUUUAUGUUAUAGAACAUCGAAUAAACUUUCUUGUAUUUUAUAUAAAACGUUUAUUCAAGUCGCACAAAAGGGUUUUUGUGCGCCUCCAGAAUAUGAAGAGGGAGAGGGAGAGGGUGAGAGUUGGACCGAUAAGGAAGGAGGUGGAUUUACCGGAUCAGAUGGAGAAGGAUUAAAAGAUGUUUCAAGUAAAAUAGAAAGUGAAGAUCAAUUGGAAGAUGCAAGACCCAAAGGAUCUGAAAAAAAUGAAGAAAACGACAAAGAUUGCAAUGAGGAUGAAAAUGGUAUAGAAAUGUCGGAAAAUUUUGAUGGUAAAUCUUAUAAUGUCGAUGAUAAAAAUGAUGAAAAUGAUGAUAAUGAUGAUGACAAGGAUGAAGAUGAAUCAAAAGAUGAAGAUGCUGAUAUGGAAAUGGGAGAAACUGAUGCUGGUGUCGAUCAACUGGAAUCUGAGCUAUGGGAUGAUUCUGAGAAUGAAGAUGAUGAAAACGAAGAUAAAAAAGAAGAUGGAGAAGGAGGAAGAGGGAAAAAAUUAACCGAAGAUAAUUAUGCAGCAAAAGAAAAUGAUGAAGAAAAUGAAAACAAAGAUGAAGGAAAUGAUGGAGAACGUGAUAGUAAAAAAGAGCAAAAAAAUAAAGAUAUUAAUGAAAUGAAUGAAAAUGAAGACAAUGGGGAUCAGAUUGAUCCUUAUCACGGACACCAUCCACCUGAUCCGGAACCCGAACCUUUAGAUCUACCAGAUGACAUGCAAUUAGAUGACGGUGAUGCAAAAGGCGAUGAAGGUGAAAAUGAAGAAAAUCCUUUUGAUAUAGAUGCCAUGAAAGAACAUCAACCGCCUUUGGAAAUGGAAGAAAAUGAUAAAGAAAAAGAAAUAACCGAUGAAGAUAAAGAUAAAGAUUCUACUGAUUCGGAUGAUGGCGGUGAUGAUGAUGACAAUAACAUGAAGGAAUAUGAUGGUAGCGAAGAAGAAAAUGAUAAAAACCAAGAAGAAAACGACAUAAAUAAUACCGAAGAAGAAAAUGUUAAUAGAAAUGAUAAAAAAUCAGAAGAGGAAUCUGAUAAAAAUAAAGAAACUACCGAAGAUGAUAAUUAUCAUCCAUCUGAUGACAAGCCUUCGGAAAUGGUGGCUCAACCCGCACCUCAAACUGAAAACCAUGAAAUGAUGUCCGUAGAUCAAGUUGCUGCUAAUAAUGAUAAUCAAAAUGAAAAUGCUGAAGCGCAAGAACUCUCGCAAAAAGUUGAAGUGGAUUCCAAAGGAGUCGGACAAGCCGAUAUUGAACAAAGUAAGGAGGGUCACGACGCAGAUGUUUCAAGUAAAAAAAAAUUAACUUCCGGUCAAUCGAAAAUGAAUAGAGAAAGAAAAAGAGAAAGACCUGGAAAAAGUAAUGAUGAUAGAUGUUUGGGAGAUGAAGAAAGUUCAGUUAACAAAAAGCUCAAAACCAUUGAUAAUUUAGAAGAGAAAAAUACCAACAACGAUGAAAAUGAAGCCGAUUCAGAAAUGUAUCAACACGUUUCCGAAGAUAUCCAAAAUGCUGCACAAGUAUUGGAUGCUGCGACCAAAGAACAAGUUGAUAAAAAUCCUUUGUUAAAUGAAAAUGAAGAAGAAAAAGAAGAAGAAGAAGAAGAAAAUGUAACGGAUUCAAUGAAAGAUGACGGUUGCAUGGAUAUCGAUGAAGAUGAUAUUGAAAAAAUAGAAAUAGAUAAAAAAAAUUGUAAAAAAAAAAAUGAUAAUAAAAACAAUUUUCCAAGCGAAGAAGAAUUAAAUGGAAAUCAAAUCACGGAUGAUAUAAAACUUCAGACGGAAGGAGAUUUUAUUAAAACUAUGAAUGUUGGUAGAAAACCGGAAAAUACUUUUCAUACAAAAUUAUCAGAAGAUUUGAGUCGAGAGAAAUUUCCACCAUUAGAACCGGAAGAAAUACAAAGAAUAAGAGUGGAAAUACAAAAUCAGUUGUCGCAAAGUCAAAAAAAUGAAAUUCCUUCAGUGAGCGACAUUCGUACUUGGCAUAUGCUGACAUCAAUCGUUGACGGAUUAGCUCGAGAUUUAAGUGAACAAUUGAGAUUAAUUCUAGAACCUACUCGUGCUACCAGACUUAAAGGAGAUUACAGAACCGGUCGUCGUAUCAAUAUGAGAAAAAUCAUUGGUUACAUAGCAAGCGAAUUUCGUAAGGAUAACAUAUGGCUUAGAAGAACGAAACCUUGGAAAAGAGAACAUGAAAUAGUUUUGGCCAUUGAUGACUCUCUCAGCAUGUGCCAUAACGAAUCACAAGAAUUGGCUUUCGAAUGUUUGGCUCUUGUUUUCAAAGCCAUGGGAUUGAUAGAAGCUGGAAGAUUAGGGGUUUUAAGUUUUGGUGAAAAAACUAAAAUUGUACAUAGAUUAGGGGAUCAAUUUUCCGAUGAUAUGGGUGCUAGGUUUAUUAAAGAAUUUACUUUUGAGCAAAAGAAAACACUCACAUGUGACAUGCUUGAUGUGUGCACUCAAAUGAUGAAUUAUGAAAAGAAAGGUGAAGACACAGCUAAACUUUUGAUAAUUAUUUCCGAUGGGCGAGGAGCUUUCAGCGAAGGAUUAGAUAAAGUAAAAAUGGCUGUUCAGCGAACUACAGAUAGUGGAAUAUUUGUCGUUUUUAUUAUUAUCGAUAAUCCAAAAUCUAAAGAUUCUAUUAUGGAUAUCAGAAUGCCAGAAUUUAAAAAUGGUAAACUCGUAGGAAUUAAUUCAUACAUGGAAGUUUUCCCUUUUCCUUAUUAUUUAAUUCUUCGUGAUAUAACAUCUCUUCCCAAUACAUUAGGAGAUGCUCUAAGGCAAUGGUUUCAAUUAAUAACAAGUACUAUGACAUAA